AUCGAUCCAGUUGGGACGACAACAGUCAUGUCGCACAUAGCCACGUCUGAUCAAUACAUUGUAUUUGUUUAUGAUUUACACAUAGGUGUAUGAUACAAAGCAGAUGCUUCAAACUACUGUUCUGAGCAUGCGUAACACGAUAGCAGAUACUUUUCAACGUUUUAAAAGCGAUUUACACUAACUAACUACACUUUCUAACAUGAAUAAAUUAUAAAAGCUCCCCCAAAGGAAAAAAAAACAUUUUUGAUUAUUUUGACUGCAAGAGAAACAAAAAAACUGCAACAAUGCCCAAAUGAUUUAAAGCGAAUGCGGAAGUAAACACAAGUGAAUCCUCUCGCCUCGCUACAGUCGCUAGCUUGCGACAAAUCAAAACAAACAACUGUGAGUGGCUGGAUGCUACAGUACGUUACCAGACUGAGUGUUUCUCUCAGAAAGAGACCUUCAUCAUGUCGAAUAUGGAGAAACAUUUGUUCAACCUCAAGUUUGCUGCCAAGGAUCUACAGCGCAACUCCAAGAAAUGUGACAAAGAGGAAAAGGCAGAAAAGGCUAAAGUCAAGCAGGCUAUCCAGAAGGGUAAUAUGGAGGCAGCCAGGAUCCAUGCAGAAAAUGCCAUUCGUCAGAAGCAUCAGUCCAUAACCUUCCUGAGGAUGAGUGCACGCGUGGAUGCGGUGGCUUCUAGGGUCCAGACUGCUGUCACUAUGAACCAGGUAUCUAAAUCCAUGUCUGGAGUGGUCAAGUCUAUGGAUUCUACACUGAAAAGCAUGAACUUGGAAAAGAUCUCUGCAUUAAUGGACAAGUUUGAAAACCAAUUUGAAACUCUUGAUGUGCAGACAGCUCAGAUGGAAGACACAAUGGGCAACACCAUCACUCUAACAACACCUCAGAAUGAAGUGGAUAUGCUGUUGCAUGAGAUGGCUGAUGAAGCAGGGUUGGAUCUUAACCUGGAGCUUCCUUCAGGACAGACUUCCUCACUGGCUUCAUCUGUGGCAUCAACAGAGCAGGACGAACUCUCCCAGAGGCUGUCCAGACUGCGAGGCCAGGUGUCAUAAUGAUGUGAAAAAUGACAAGAUCAGGAGGAGGCAGAAGAGCUAGAGAAGCAAGAAGAGACAGGGAGAGAAAAAGGGGAGAUUAAACAAAAAAGGUGCCAUGUGCCUGCAAGCUCUGUGCCCUCCUCUGUGUUCCAGAUUCGUUCUUUUGUAAGAAAUAAAAGCAAGGGGGAAAAUGGAUAUUUACAUCCUGGUCUAUAUCCAACACAGUCCUUUCAUAUUAAUGUUCAUUUGCACUCUCAUAUUUAACAUGUAUUCUAAUUAUUUAUUAGCUCGGCAAUAGGACACUACUGACCGUGUUAUCUUUAUUUUAAGGUGGCACACCUUGGACAUAUUCCUGAAUGGGAUUUUUUGCUCGAAUUGUUGAAAAAACAAUUGUAUGUUGUUUAAUAGCUAAUACCUCAUUUCAAUAUAUACUAUGUAUAAAAUGCAAAAAAGCAAUAUAUUUAUUUAUGUAUUUACCGACGGCGUAUUGUUAAGAGUAUGCUUGUAUUGUUACUGUUCUGCAUGACUGAGGAUGCAGGGACCUUUAGUAUUGUUGCCAUGGCUGUUUAGUGGUGAAACUCACUUAUUUUAUUUUUUAUAUUUUACCCAAAAAGAGGGCUCAUUGUAAAUGAGAAAGCUGGAAUAUUUUUGCAUGUAGCAGUUACCACUCUAGUAGCUCACCACGCACUUACAUGCAAAGACAGAAUCAUUAAAAACGUUUUUAACAUGUUUUACUUCUCACAUUUUUUGGCCAGUUUAUUGCCGUGUUUUGGGAAAAGUAUGUAUCCCUGC